CACAGGAAGUGCAAACGCAACAGAGAAAAUGGUUUUGAGCAAGACUACAAAGACAUGGAUUGAUGCUCAGGAGUACUGCAGACAUCAUUAUACAAACCUGGCUACCAUUAGGAGUAAAGAAGACAAUGAUGAGAUAAUCAAGUUGAUAUAUAGUUUGGGGGUUUUUGUCUGGAUUGGAUUGUACAGAGACAAUUGGAAGUGGUCAGAUCAGGCGAACAUCACUUCCUCAACCCAACUCACUACUCAGACAUUUAGAGUGCAGAGGUAUGACUGCAUUGGUGCAAAUAUUUAUCCUCGUACACUUGAAGACUGGACAUGCACCUCAGCUUAUUACUUCUGCUGUAACACUGUCAAGAGGAAGAGGCAGGUGAUCCGAGUGCAGGUGAAAUCUGCUGAGAAUGUGGAUGAAGCUAAACUGAUGGUGCUCGUCUUAAACAAGUUAAAGCAGACACUGAGCAAUCAGGACGUCACAAUGGAAUGGAGGACGCAACCCAACGGGAAGGUCUUUCAGAAGAAUCAAGGUCUGAUGAGUUCUCCAGAGGGUGCUGUGUCUGAUUUUGCUGCUUGA